CUUCCCAAACCCCAGCAGCAGCAAAACCUUAUCCCCAGCGAGCCUUAUCCCCCCAAGCUCGCUCGCAAUGGCGGCCACCCUCUUCUCCACCGCGCUCUCGCACCACUUCAUCCCGCUCGCCGCCGCCAAGCCCGCCGCCGCCGCCGCCUCGUUCGCCUGCGGGCCGCUGCGCGCGGUGUCGGCGCUGCUGGCCCCGCGGAGGCGGCUCCUGCUGCCCGUGUCCGUCACGCUGACGUCCGAGUUCGAGACGGAGGACGCCGCGGAGGCGGAGGAGGGCGAGGGCGGGGCCGGCUCCGACGCCGAGUACUCCGAGGACCUCAAGGUCUUCGUCGGCAACCUGCCCUUCACCGUCGACAGCGCGCAGCUCGCCGGCCUCUUCGAGCAGGCCGGCUCCGUCGAGAUGGUCGAGGUUGUGUACGACAGAAUGACCGGACGUAGCCGUGGGUUUGGAUUCGUCACAAUGUCUUCAGCUGAGGAGGUUUCAGCGGCUGUCGAGCAAUUCAAUGGCUAUACAUUCCAAGGAAGACCUCUGAGGGUUAACUCCGGACCACCGCCACCCAGAGAUGAAUUCGCGCCCAGGACUCCAAGGGCCAUGGGUGGUGGUGGCGGCGGUGGCAACUUUGAUUCAGGCAACAAGCUCUACGUGGGGAACCUGUCUUGGGGUGUCGACAACUCAACCCUCGAGAACCUGUUCAGCGAACAAGGAACCGUGCUUGAUGCUAAGGUCAUCUAUGACCGGGACAGCGGCAGGUCGAGGGGUUUCGGUUUCGUCACCUAUGGCUCUGCCGAUGAGGUCAACAACGCCAUCUCAAACCUUGACGGCGUGGACCUGGACGGCAGACAGAUCCGAGUUACAGUUGCGGAGUCCAAGCCGAGGGAGCCAAGGAGGUAUUGAGAUGUCCUGACGUUGGUUAGAGAUUGAUUAUGCGUUCCGUACGUGUUAGUUUGUAGUUUCUACUCUUUUCUCACGGUUGAUGAGAGACUGGAAAGUGAAUUUGUAUACGGGAAGAUUUUUCUCUGCCGUGCCAUGCACACAGCAUACUUAAACUCGUUGCGCCUCUUCGUAGAGAAGUAGAGAUUUUGUCAGUCAUUCUAUAUGCUUAGCGGCAGGUGAUGUAUGAUAUCAUUAUGAAGACCUUUCUAAAUGUUUGCGGUGCUAUGUACGGCUAUAUCCUCCUGGAGAAAGAAUGCAUUAUUGCACUGUGA